UUUUCUAUCUUAAAAGUAUUCCUCAUCGUUUGCACUACAAAAGAGUCGUCUACGUCCUCGACGGUCACAGUCGCAGUUGCAGUCGUCGCUAGGCAGUCUAUAGCCUACGUAGACCUUUUUACACCAUGCCUAAAGCACUAACUUUUUUCUUGAAGAGUAGAUCGCUUAUUCCACCUUGAUUCCUUACGUUCGGGCAGCGAAGACGUUACAUUCACUGCCCUCGACGCAUCGUAAACCCUUCGAUAUAUAUCCUUAACGCCAACGCGUUAUAUACUCUCGACGUUGAACAUAUGGACGAAGAACCAAGUUGAGACUUCACAAUCAACUGCGCAACGUACAAGUUAUCACUUUACUCCGGUCGAGCACAUAUUAGCCUAUCAUGUCUACCAUCGCCGGUGGAAUGCGGCGAGGACCGCCAAUUGGGCGUCUCGCGAGUAUGAAAGACCCCGAAAGCCUAAGACGAGCCCGCGAGAACACGCCCUCAGCGUUGCGCAAAUCGAAGAAAAACGCAGGAUGUGGCUGUGAUGAUCCCAAGCCGCAAGAAUCGGACGGAGGUCUAGUAUGCAGCAAUUGUGGUAUCAUGCUGAGUUCUUCCAACAUCGUGUCAGAGGUGACCUUUGGUGAGACUUCAACAGGCGCGGCCGUCGUACAGGGGGCCUUCGUCGGAGAGGGUCAGAGGCAUGCACGGAGCUUAGGGAUACCAAACAGACAUAUGGGCGGUCUCGGCGGAGAGAGCGGAGGAGAGAGCAUGUCCGCACAGCGUGGUGCCGACCAGGCCAAAAUGAUCUGCCAUCAGCUUCGCCUCAGUGACAGCCUGACGGAAAAAGCUGUCGGUGCCUACAGGAUGGUACAACAUCAUAACUUCGUUCAAGGUCGUCAGAUCGAUCAAGUCGCAGGCGUCUGCAUAUACCACGCUUGCCGUUACUCGAACAACAAGGAAGAACAAAUGGCCCUUGCGGAUAUCGCCGAGAAGACCAAGACGAGCGUGUUCACCCUAGGCAAGAUAUACAAGGAGAUGCGCAAGACCCUUGGACUUGAGCAGGACAAAGAAGCAGGUUUGUUAGAUCUCGAAAAAAUGAUUAUUCGAUAUGCGAAGAAGCUCGAAUUUGGGGCCAAAAUGACUACCGUGGCGCAUGAUGCGCAGCGAAUCAUGAGUCGCAUGAAAAAAGAUUGGCUUACUGACGGAAGAAGUCCCGCAGGAGUAAUCGGAGCUUGUUUGAUUCUUGCAGCGCGCAUGAACAACUUUCGCCGAUCCGUACGUGAAGUUGUGUUUGUCGUCAAGGUCACUGAUGCUACUCUAAAUCUACGCAUGCAAGAAUUUAAAAAGACUGAAGCUUCGACUCUUUCCAUUGACGAAUUCCGGGACAAAUUCGAUACAUUACCUGACGCCGCCAACCCUCCUGCAAUCUGGAAACCUCUGGAGAAGGCUGAAAAAAGGAGGAAGCGGAUGGAACAGGAGGAGGAUACAGAUACCCCAGAUACUGCCGAAAUUGGAGAAGCUGAUAGCUCCAAUACCGGGUCGUCGAAGAAGACGCGUAAGCGUAAAAGGUCCAGUAAGAAAGACGGGGAACCAGUUGGGGGUGGUCCUCGUCGAGAUGCUGAUGGCUUUGCAAUCCCCGCUUUGCCUAUAGAUACUGCAACCGAUGGCUCUUCGCAAAAGCCUGCAGCCAAGAAACGAGGAAGGCCACGUAAGAUCAUCCCGGUCGUGCAAGAGCCAACGGCCUCUGAGGCACAAGAGGAGUCCGCAAUCGAAGAAGCUAUCGAGGCUGAACUAAAUAAUCCCAGUCUUCAGCAGAUCGCUUCAGAGCACGAUGCAGAGGAAGUCUGGGAACGACGAGCAGCAGAGCUCAAGGCGGCUUCUGACAGGAUGAGGAAUCAAUCCAAAGUCUCCAAUGAGAUUGAAGUUCUUGAGGGAGAGUUUGAAGAUGACCCUGAAGUCAAAUACUGUCAGCUCUCCAAAGAAGAGGUAGCACGGAAGGAAAAGUUAUGGGUUACAGAGAAUGCCGACUGGUUGCGCGUGCAACACCAACGUCUUAUGGACAAAGCUUUAGAGGAUGCCCGCGGGGGCCCGAAGAAGCCUAUUCGCCGUCGCAAGCGCCGUCGCCUGGACGAGAACGAGGAUGGCACUCCAACGCGAUAUGAAAACGCCACUGAAGCUACAGUUGAGAUGAUUCGAAGAAGAGCUCCAGCAUUCUCACGCAAGCUCAACUAUGACCAACUGAAUUCUAUGUAUGGAGCCGGGCCAGCUUCCCCUGCUAGCGGUCUUGACUCUCGCCGUGCUAGCAUCGAAGCAAGUCCUGCGCCUUCUAGUCGCGCUACACCCAGUCGUCUCCUUGAGCCUGCUGGCAUUUCCGGUCAGUCUGGCCUUGAGGCUGCACGGCUAGCUCUCAACUCUGCUCGUGGCAUGCUUCCUACUCCAACACCCUCACAAGCUACGCGCCAGUCUACGCAGCCUCUUACUAGGGUAGAAGAAGUUAUCCGCACGGCUGAAAAGGCAGAUCCACCACAGAAGCCUCAGCAGACGGACGAAGACGGUCAUGAUGAUGACAUAUCUGAUAUAGAUAUGGAUGAAGAGGAGAUCAACGACGCAAUUCAGUACAUUUCGGACGAAGACGAAGCUCAAGAGUACGACGAGUAUGAUGAGGAAUAUGAGUGAUCGGGUUCCUGGUAUUAAACCCGCGUUUGUGGAGGAUCUGAUAUUCUUUUUGGGUGACUAUCAUUGCACACUCAUCAGGCUACUAUGUGUCAUACCAGCUUACAUACCUAUGCAUGAUCGUGCGAUUACGCUUAGGACGAUGAGAAGCAUUUGAACAAUCAGAUAUGGCUUGUUGGUAUGGUAACUAUGAAGUGUUAUUGGACACAUCUGUAGAACGGCGGCGCACUACGGAAUUUAAACCAGCGAUACCCUCUUCUAAUGACAAAGACACAAAAUCUUUACAUAAGC